CGUGAAGGGGAGAAGCGAUUGAUGGUGUGUGAUGUUGUGCGUCACUGAGACACAGAGAGUUUCCUAUUUAAACAGAGCAGAUAGAGAGAGCAGCAUCAAUCCACCGAGACCGAGGCAGCAGGAGCAACAUGACGCGCGCCUGGAAUCUGUUCAUCUUUGUGCUUUCUGUGCUCAUUUGCAUCUCCUCGCAAGAGGAGAGAACCUACCAGCGCACGCUGCCAUCGGGGGCGAAGGUGGUGUGUGAUUUCUGUCCGCCGGGUGAUUAUCAGCGCUCUCCUUGCACGCUAACGCGCCCCACAGAGUGCCGCCAGUGCAGAGACGGCUUUUACACCGAGUUCUGGAACUACGUCCCCGAGUGCUUGCCUUGUGACCCCUGUGAGGUCAACCAGGAAGAGAUAAGGCCAUGCACUCGCUUCCACAACCGCGUGUGCCAGUGCAAGCCGGGGUACUUCUGGCACUCGCACUACUGCAAGAAGCACACAGUGUGUUCCUUGGGGGAAGGAGUCAAAACCGAAGGAACUCCAAGCAAAGAUACCGUGUGUGAGCCAUGCGCGAACGGUCACUAUGCCGCCGGACCCGAAGGCAACAAACGGUGUACUCCAUACACGGCCUGCAAGGGUCAGGAGAAACCGGUGAUCAGUGGGACCAAUUGGCACGACAAUAUAUGUGUUACCUGUGACAACUUCACAACACAAGGCUGGCCAACGCUCAUCAAGCCUCUCCUCUCAGAGCUGUUCGCCCAUCAGAACGGAAAACGGCAGAUUCAUCGCCUUCGUCGCUUUGUGCAGUCCGAGAACAUGACUAGUGAACAUACUGUGCAAGACUGGCUCAACCAGGCUUCAGAAGAACAGCUGAAAAAUCUUCCCGAAAAGCUGGAGAGGGUGAACCUGCAACACCUGUCUUUAAAAGUGGACCACAAAAUAAAGAGAUUUAUACAAGAAGCCAAGUACUGUGACAACAGCAUCAUGUAAAAGGACACGUUUGAUAUUGGUGUGAAUAUAUUGGCCCCUGGGAACCGAUUUAGAUUGUUUCUUUUUUUGUAAUACUGAACUAAGUACUGAAAUUGGCAAUUGGUAAUUGGUUGUAGUUUAAAUGGAAAAAUAGAGUAGAAAUCCCCAAGUCAUCAAGUGCACUCAUUAGACUUCUCUGAGAAUGGUGUGGGUGUGAAGGUCUUAACAAUUUUAAUAAACAUGCAUGAUUGACAGCCCUCUAUCACUGUUGAGCUUUUUACUCUGAAUUAUGAUGUGAUUCACAGAUCCUGAAGGUUUUUGAGGUUGUGAAGUCUGUAGCUGGAGCUAUCAACUCAAAUAUAGGCACAAGUGUAUCGGCUUUAGCUCAUAAGGCAUUGACUAGCUUAACUCUCACCUUGGCUGGUUGCUCAGACUUGAAGAGGGGGGGCGGAGCCAUGCAGCAUUGUGAUUGGCCAGGAAUAUACUGACAAAGACUUGACCCACUUUUAGCCCUGCCCAUUCUAUAUUGAGAGAAUAGUAAUACUGGUGAACUACAGCAAAUAUUUAUUAGACUUUAGGACCAUUUUCAUUAGAAAUACUUUGCUUUAUUCACAUUUUGGGCCCAAAGGAGUCUGAAUAAGUGAAAUAAAUCUGAAAUAAAACUUAGAUGUACAUUCCCAGGGGCUUUAAAUUCUUGCAAAUUUUGUAAAACUUUUACAAGAGCAGUAUGUGUUAUAUUUGUGCUUAUUGCUAAUUUAUUUUAGUCAUUUUUUUGUUUUUGUUCGUUUUAAUUUAUGAUUUUUAUAUGUGUGUGUAUAUAAAUGUUUUUUUUUUGCUCAGUGAGCAAUUUUAGUCACUUGAUCUAAUUUGAUCCUGCACUGUUAACUUUUUUUUUGCUUUUUUAUUAUUUAAAAACUGCCUCAUGAAAAUUACCUCUUAGUGUUCACUGUGUUUUUUAUAAUUUAAUUGACCUGAUCAUUUUCAGAACAUUUUAUAAGAUAUAAAAUAAAGAAUAUAUUAUGAGCACUAUGGGUCCAUUUCCUCGACAGGGAUUAAGCCUAUAGAAUAUAUUUUAAAUAAUUUAAUUUUAAUAGAAAAUCUCAAUUCAAAAGGAUGUGCAGUCCAACACUAGGCCUAAUCCCUGUCUGGGAAACUGUCUCCAUGUUAUAGGGCUUAUUGUAUACAAAAUAUCUUAUUAUUAUUAUUAUUAUUACUAUUAUUUAUACAUGUCUGUAUAUAGAAGUUCAUAUUUUUUAAACAGACUAUUCAUUGGAACAGUUUAUUAUAAGUGCAUGGUAUGUGUAUGAUGAAUUAUAAAAGCUCUCUGGACACAGUUUAAGCCCUUUACUGGUUAAAAUGGCAAUGGAGAGUGAUGAUGUAAAACAGAUUUUAUUUUAUGUAUGUAAAAAAAUGCUGGCUUAUUAAAUUAUAUUGCACUGUG